UGAGAACAUAACAAGAUAACUUGAAGAUGGAAAAAUCGAACUAUUAGAAACGACAAUAAGCGGGAAAGGGGAGCUGAAAGACGCGAUUGAAAGCGGAAAAAACGAGCUGAAAGGAUUGAUCAAAAGUAAAAAACUGACGAGCAUGAAUGACGGAGAAGAACAAAGACAGUACAAAUUAACCACCAAAGCAAAGUCAGAUUUACAGCAACAGUUGCUCAAUCAUUACCAAGUAACGUCUUCUCUCAGAAUGAACGUCCGAUUGGACAUUGAUGCAGCUGUAGAAGACAUGUAUGAAAAACCAAAACUUAAAUUGAAGAACAAGAAAGACAAAUAUGGAAAAAUAAAAGAGGAAGAUAUAUCAGAUAUUAAUGAGAUGUUUCUGAGCGAAAAUGGCAAGAUGGCCAAAACGGUAUUCGUAGAGGGCGAACCGGGCACAGGUAAAUCGUCUCUUUGUAAAAAGAUUGUCCAUGACUGGUGCAGCUUAAAACAAUAUGGAAAGAAAAAGACAAAACAAACAAAACAAAACAACCUGUUGUGUCAGUUCGGAUUUUUAUUCUACAUAAGGCUUCGCGAAGCUUAUGAUCAAUGCAAAAUCAAAGAUAUGAUAUUACAGUGUUUGACUGAACGGAUUAAUUCAGACGAUAAAGAGUCAAAAGAAUUGCUAGCACAGAUUUUAAAAUCAGAAUGUUGCCUUAUUCUGCUUGAUGGCUUAGACGAGUGGAAACAUUGUAGCGAAUGUAAGCGUGAUGAACGAAUUCCUCAUGUAGAAACAUGUUGGAUUAACUGUACAAUAUUGAUAACAACACGACCAUACAAACUAGCGGAGAUGAAAGUGAACCGCUCAAAGCUCGAGAACCAUGUGCAGUUGGAGGGCGUUCAGUCACCAGAAGAACUUGUUAGGAGAUUAAUUGAGGAGUUGAACAAACAUCAAGUAGUUAAACGUCCAAAUGACGUAAAACAUCCAAGAACCUGCAUUAAAGACCUCAAAACGAAAGGUCUGUGGCAUUUCAGGGAAAUUCCAAUCGUGCAUGUUCAAAUUGUUUGGCUCUGGUACAAGGAUCAGCUAAAGGCAAACAUGAUUCUCUCUGAAGUUUACAAAAAAAUAAUAGAAGAAAGGUGGUGUGAAAUGAACGAAAAGAAAAACAUAGAGUACAGUAAUUUCCCAAAGGAGUUUCUUGAUUCUUUGAGUAAACUAGCUUUCAAUAAGCUGUUUUCAGAAAAUGAGGAGGAUUCCCUUGUUUUCGGCAUAACAGAGGGUCAGUUUGAGAAAAAGUACCAAAUUGAGUCUCUUGAAUCUGGCAUCAUGUCAUGCAGAAGAAACAUAGGUGAAAGAUCAGCGUCUUAUCAAUUUUUGCACAAAACGCUUCAAGAGUACUUGUCAGCAUUAUAUUUAGCGAAUAGCAGCAUCUCAGAAUUGCAAAAACAUUGUCAACACGUUCAGGAAGUGUAUAGACAUUACAGAAGAGAAGAUGUGUUGAGCAUGCGUCAGAUGUUCCUGUUUCUAUGCGGCAUGAAUCCAUCUGCUGCUGAAAUGCUUUCGAAGUCAUUGAAUGAACUAUUUACGGAAUACCUUGAAAGAGACGGCUAUUCGACGCACAGAGCAAUUGCUUUCCAGAGCAUGAUGGUGGACGGCCAUGAGGAAGCGAUGAGAAGCGGACACACCGGAGCCGAGGUCUGCUUGCAGCAUGUCGUCCUCCAUCGUGCCUUUACAAGCUAUUAUCAGUUAUUAUCAAAAGACAAGCCAAUGUUGAAGCAAUUCUUAGAUACAAGAAUAUCCACUUUUGUGUCAUUAAGUAUAGAAGCGGAAAGCGACCUUUCUUCUCUGCUGCAGGACAAGAACAAUAUAUUAGAUUUAGGGACUUGCAAGAAUCUAAAAUUUGUUUUUUUAGAAAAAGUUCAAUAUGAUGACAUCAACUUGCUGAAUUUGAACGGAUUAGUAGAGUGCAGCGUAACAUUCGAGAACUACAACCCAAGAAAUAAACUGGUAUAUUCAAUUGUGUCGUCAGAUUUAACGUGCUUGAAAGAACUUGAAUUGCAUAACGUAGGAUGGGAAUGUGAAGGUGGGGAAAUCAUCUCAAACCUUCACCAAAUACAACACCUAGAUGUCCGAUGGAGCGAGCGUCAGACAAAAUAUUCACAACUCGACCUUGAGCACCUUCGACAUAUCAACGUACUCACCUUAAUGGGACUUGCUUUCUCUGACGUUGUUAAUCUACAUAUGCUCAGUCUUCGAAAGUUAGUGGUCAGCUUUCGAACACAGACAAGAGCACCACGGUUGAUGGCGGCAUUUCCAACACAAAGCGACAACACAGUCAGUUCAAACCUGGGUGGGACGCUUUCUAUCCUUACGUAUGUUACAUUGGAUAACAUUAUCAUAUCAGAGACAUCGUUCAGACGUUUCGUUUGUAUGAUGAUACAGUCGCGACAUUCUGUGAAAUGUGAGUUAUCGAAUUGUAAAAUAGAGCCUGAGGAGGACCUGACGCAGCUGCAGGUCGAGAUGGAGAACCAGGCCACUCUUCAGAGAAUGGAUCCACGGCCCGUCUCAACUGAGUAUACAAUCGGCAUUAGAUUAUAUUCUAUGACUAUGCCAGCGGCAGUGUUCAGACGUUUCGUUAGUAUGGUGAUACAGUCGCGACAUUCUGUUAGAUGUGAUUUAUGGGCGAGUAAAAUAGAGCCUGAGGAGGACCUGACGCAGCUGCAGGUGGAGAUGGAGAACCAGGCCACUCUUCAGAGGAUGGAUCCACAGCCCGUCUCAACUGACUAUACAAUAUACAUUACAUUAUUCUUUACAACCAUGUCAGCGGCAGUGUUCAGAAGUUUCGUUAGUAUGGUGAUAAAGUCGCGACAUUCUGUGGAAUGUGAUUUAAGGGCGUUUACUAUAGAGCCUGAGGAGGACCUGACGCAGCUGCAGGUCGAGAUGGAGAACAAGGCCGCUCUUCAGAGGAUGGAUCCACGGCCCGUCUCAACUGACUAUACAAUAUACAUUCAAUUAGAAGGUGUGACCAUGUCAGCGGCAGCGUUAAGACGUUUCGUUAGUUUGGUGAUACAGUCGCGACGUUCUGUGAAAUGUAAGUUAUCGGAGUGUAAAAUAAAGCCUAAGAAGGACGUGAGAAAUCUGAUAGUGGAGAUGGAGAACCAGGCAGCUCUCACCGUGACGCAUUUUGUGAAGCAUCCAUACAAAGAAUGGGACAUUUCGUUCCUCGUAAACGUAAAAGAUAAGAUGACGCGUUUUCAGAAAGUACGAAGGUUUUUUGGAUUCAUGAAAACAAAGUGAAAUAAAGUUCUAAGGAACUUGUAUACCAACAUGUUCUUCAAACGUUCAGCAUUGACGGCCCACUGCUUUUAUCAGAGAAAAUGACUGACAAAUAUGUGGUUCUUAUAGCUUCGUAGAAGUGUAUUGUCCGAAAUAAAACCCGCUAUCAAAUAGAAGUUCUUAAACGGCGAUUCAUUUUGAUGAUUAAUGACCAAAUAUGUUAAUGAAACUGUUUACAUUUUUUUCAAUUCUUUCAGUGGCUUAAAAAUGAGUCUAAAGUGUGUUGUUGUUGUAUAUAGAGUUUGAUCUGUUUGUAUAUGCCUUGCAAAUAAUAGUGAUUUCAGAGUGGAUUAUUACUGUGAAUAGAGUUCUAUUUCUUAGCAUAAUCAUAAUGAUUCUAAUGUGUGUUGUUGUUGUAUAUAGUGUUUGAUAUGUUUGUAUAUGCCUUACAAGCUCUAUUAUGAUUUCAGAGUGCAUUGAUAUUGUAAAGAGAGUUUUAUUUAUUAACACGCAAAUGAAUGUUUUGUACGAUAGAAAAAGAUUUUAAAGGACUCGUUCAUAUUUUAUAGGGUAAGACAUCAGACAGCAAUAGUUCUUGUGAAAUGUGAACAAAAUGCUGGUAACAAAGAUUAAAUAAUCAGAAAAGAGCUCUUUUGCUAAUAAUUAUUUUCAGCUAGGAUUCAGAAAAGAGCUCUCUUGCUAAUAAUUAUUUUCAGCUAUGAUUCACAAAAGAGCUCUCUUGCUAAUAACUAUUUUCAGCUAGGAAUCACAAAAGAGCUCUCUUGCUAAUAACUAUUUUCAGCUGGGAUUCACAAAAGACCUCUCUUGCUAAUAAUUGUUUUCAGCUAGGAUUCACAAAAGAGCUCUCUUGCUAACAUUUAUUUUCAGCUAGGAUUCACAAAAGAGCUCUCUUGCUAAUAUUUAUUUUCAUCUGGAUUCACAAAUUUCUGCUCAAAUAAGUAUCUUUUAGUUGUAGUUUGUUUGCUUUUGUUCAACAAGUUAAUAGCUGAAUUUCAAGUCAUUAGAAAAUUAGUGCCAUAUUAAAUAUGUGGGUGAAACCGUUUAAUGUACAUUAUGACUGUUAAAAUAAUUGUGUUAUUUUGAAUAUAUAUUGUACGAUAUAGUGUGUUUUUAUAGAUUUUUAUUUGUAUAAAUAUGUCAUGUGCAUUAUAGUGAUGUUUAUUAUAUGCCUAUCUAUUUCCUUUUUCAUAUCCAACAAUGAAAAUACAGCACGCCGUAUUGAAAAAUCCAUAUCACCAUACUGUCGUUUUCUGAUUCCGUAUCAUGCUAGUACGGUGUGUGUGUAGUCAUUGAACUUCUUUCGCGUCGCUAAAACAGCAAUACUGAUACAACUUGUCAACUUUUAGAUACACAACAUAGCCUAAUUUUACUUACGCCACCAAUAGCACGUAAAUAAUCAGGAACAUAGUAUUCAAAGAAAUAUUUGGAUAAGCUCGAAGCAGAAAACACUUCCGAUCUAUCUAGACAACUAGUUGUUUGCCAAUUCGAAGAUCAUUAAUUGUAGCAUUAUCAUAAACAUAAGUAGCUCACCAAUACAAAAAGAAGACGAAUUUGCGUGAUCGAUAGUUAUAGCGAUUGAACCACGAACUUACCUCAAUUCUGCAUAUUAUAAUCAAAAAUUCCUACGAACAUUCACUUUUGUUAAAAAGGCCGCGUUACGUCUUCCGGAAAUGACGAUUUGUUUAUACUCGUAAAAUAAGUACUUUUUGUGCAGUGACAUAUAAUAAUUGUUUUUGUAUUAGCAAUUUUUUUUUUUUCAUUUUGCCGAGAUAUAAAACAUUUUCUUCUUAUUUUGCUCAAUAAAGUGAAUUCUGGAAAGUCUGACUUGUUUCGCUGUAGUUGCUUUUCUUAACUUCAAUACACAAGAGUACGUACAUAUUCAUACACGCAAGCCAUUCUAUAGUUGACCAUUUGACGGAUAGCGGUAAAAUUAAAUUAAAUUAAAACCGAAAAAUAAAAAAAGGAUUAAAUGGUAAGGUAUAUAAUAAAUUGAAUAUUACGAUAGGACGCUUUUCUGAUGAUCUGUAUCACGUCUCGUUCGAUGUGUAGACACGUAUCCGUCUCGAUCAACGGACAUAUGUUAACACACCGAACUCGACGUGAUGCAGGUCACCAGAAAAGCGUGCUAUAGUUAUCCCAUAUGUCUGGUAGUUCUGUGUUUUAAAUGAUUUUGUAUUAUUCAUUAAAUCUAUAGUUCAGUGUAACUGUUAGUUUACUUACAUUGUGCUGAUUCUAGAGUUCAUCGUCACUGCAAGUUAAGGUUUUGUUGUGUUUAUGUUUGAAGCGUUUUCACAAGCAAAAGUGUAACCAUAUUGUCAAAUAAUGCACAACUUUAUUCAAUGUGUUCCGGAAAAGUGUUAAUAAGCGAGCCCUUAACGAUGGUUUAAACUUAUUUCCUGAAUGAAUUGAAUACAAGUGUACGUUAUAUGAUGACAAUUUUUCAAGUGUCCAAUUAAUAAAAUCACAUGCUUAAUACCGGUAUAAAUAACGGGAAAGACCGCACUAAUUGUUUACUAUACUAGACACUGAUGACUAUCUAUGUUUGAAACUUGUGACUUACUACAUUUAAAACUAAAGAUUAACUGCCCUUACUGCUUUUGUUACUGAUAUAUUAAUACAUUUGACAUUAAUGACUAACUUCAUUUUACAAUAAUGACUUACUGCAUUUGAAACUUAUGAUCUUCCACAUUUUACACUAAUGGCCAACUUCAUUUCACACUAAUGGUUUACUUCUUUUUACACAAAUACCUUGCUACAUUAUACAGUAAUUACCUACUAUAUUAUAAUUACACUAAUGACCAACUACAUAUCACACUUAUAGCUAACAACAAUUCUAACUUAUGACUCAAUACAUCUUACACUACUUGCCUACUACAUUUCACACUAAUGACAUACUACAUUUCACACUAAUAUCUCAUUACAUUUUACACUACACACCUACUACAUUUUACACUAAUGACAUACUACAUUUCACACUAAUGACAUACUACAUUUCACACUAAUAUCUCAUUACAUUUUACACUACAAACCUACUACAUUUCACACUAAUGACAUACUACAUUUCACACUAAUAUCUCAUUACAUUUUACACUACUUUCCUGCUACAUUUCACACUAAUGACAUACUACAUUUCACACUAAUAUCUCAUUACAUUUUACACUACAUACCUACUACAUUUUACACUAAUGACAUACUACAUUUCACACAAAUGACAUACUACGUUUCACACUAAUAACAUGCUACAUUUCACACUAAUGACUCACUACAUUUUACACAACAUGCCUACUACAUUUUACACUAAUGACAUACUACAUUUAAUACAAAUGACAUACUACAUUUCACACUACUUACAUACUACAUCUUAUUCUACUUACCUACUACAUUUCACACUAAUGACAUACUAUAUUUUACACUAAUGUCUUACUGUAUUUGACGCUAAUGGAUAACUACAGUUUACACUUAUACAUUUCUUCAUUUGACUUUGCAUUCUUUUUGAUAUAUAUGAACAUUUUUCUGUUAUAUUUCGGAAUAUGUCAUUAUUCCCUCGUCACGAAAAAGAUUCAUAUAGGAAAAUCCUUGUUUUAUGUUAACAAGUCUUCCCAUGAUUAUUGGGAAAUUAAAGUCCCAGUAUAUUUAUGUGACAAAAAUGCAUUUGUAUUUGUAAAUAUGUAAUGGUUAGUAAUGAUAUGGUUUUUUGAUGACAUUUCAUAUUUUUCUGUUAUUUCGAUUUUAUAUAUGUAUAUAUCAUGAACUGUUUGCCCAUAGUGUUUGCUGCUAGUCAUUUUCACGCUGUUUGUUUGAAAUAAUGUAGACCCAUUGUGUUUUAUAAUUAUACAUGUUUUGCUUUUUUAAUUAGACUUGUCUGCGGUUAACUUGGUCACGCCUUGAAUCGCAAAUCAUUUUUAAACUAAAUGCUUUGACUUUAAACAUACUAUUUUAACUUGUUAUUGAUUAUUUCCGUAUUUGCAUGAUAGUUUGUAUAUAGCUUGGCCACAUGAAAGUUCAUGAACAUAAUUCCACUUUGCAUUUUCCAAAUAAUUUGGUUGGCAUUUGAUUUGAAUUAAAAAAAUCAAAAGGCAUUUGAUUUGACUUUUAAAAUAUCAAAGUCACGUUGUCAGUUUCGAUUUGUAAACAUAUAUCGUUUAAACUUAAUAUUUCCAUAAUAUUACAUACAAUGUUAAGAAAAAAUUUAUUAGAACAUUUACGGUAAAAUAGGACAUUUUAGAUUACUUUUUUAUAUGAGAAUAGAUUUCAUAUAAAACAUUUGUCAUGAUUUAGAAACAUGAAUACUUAUAAUUCAUGAACGUAUGUUAACGGUGUCUGCAAUUUAUUUACUUUUACCAUGUUAAUGAUUAUAUUGUUCAUUUAUUGAACUAAGUAGAUGGUACAUUAACGUAAGUUAACGGUGUCUGCAAUUUAUUUACUUUUCCCAUGUUAAUGAUUAUAUUGUUCAUUUAUUGAACUAAGUAGAUGGUACAUUAACGUAAGUUAACGGUGUCUGCAAUUUAUUUAGAGCAUGCCCUUAGUGUGUAUCUGUCGAUACACACAUAUGGUUAGCUGCAUGCUGUGUUUAAAUGGUUAACUACAAGGCUUGUCCCUGUAAUUGUUCAGCUGCAUGUUUUGUUUAAAUGGUUAACUACAAGGCUUGUCCCUGUAUUUUCCAUUGUAUUAUUAUUGCUACAUUCCGCGAAAACCUUGUCUCUUAGUGAUACAUGUGUUAUGCAUGCAUUGAAAUAUUACGUAAAUGUCCUGCAUUAAUGAGUGUAUUUACAAAUUCAACAUGGUAUGGACAUGCCAGUUUCAGCCCUUCAGGCAUCUGCUGUGUGUAGGCUACUGUUUGCACAUAUCGUUUGUGAAUGUGUUAUGUCACCAAAUAGCAAUAUACAGAAGAACAUGAUAGAUAGGGGCGAACCAAAAUUGUAUAUCAAUUAUGUUAAAAUUCACGGAAUUCUUCGAUUGAAACGUAGGCUUAAUGUCGGAAUGUACAAAUGUACUCUAUAGCUAAGCGUCGAUUUGUGUUGUAUUAUUUACGAUAGUUUGUAAUAGUAGAGAGAAUUAUCGUAUUUUUUGAAAGAUUGCAGAAAAAUCUUGAUGUUUAUGAAAAUGGUAAUUUUACUGAACGAGUGAGUGAUCAGUUACAAAAAAAUGUGGAAUAGUAUUUAGUGUGAGUGUUUAACGAGUGUAUAUAAUCAUGAGUUAUUGUGAUGUUACAGAGAAGAAUAGUUGACUUUGUAACAGAUAAGAAAGUGUGAUAGAAGGUAGUAUCGUACUAGAGUUAAUUUAAUUUUUGCCCCACGGAAUAGAUAUUGAAAGUCAAAUUUUGUUUAAUUAAAAUAGUUGUGAUAGAGGAAGGAUCAAUUGUUAAUACUUGUAGUAGAAUUUGUUAAAUUUAAACGUGAUGGAGGCGGGUACAGUUGUAGAGUUUGCUAAAUAUAAAUAGUGGUGUGGUGAUUGAAGGGAGAUUAAUGGUAAAUAUUGUUAGCUAUGAAUGAGUGUGAUAUAAGAGAUAUAAAUCGAAUAAGUGUGAUGGCAAAGAUAUUAAGUUUGUUAGAUAUUUAUGAAUGUGAUGAUAGGGAGAUUCAUCAUAAAAUUGUGAAAUAUGAAUGAGUGUGAUGCAAUGUAAAUUAAUCGUGUGAGUGAUUUGCAGCCGUUGUCGGUGUCUUCUUUUUUAAUAAAUGCUUUGUAAAAACGAGAAUUAUAAUCUAACCGCUUCCAAGUAUUUCAACGAAUUUGUUCCUGGUACAUAGAAGAAGGGCGAAAUAGGUUGUCAGGUAUUAAAAUUGUUUAAAUAGUGGUACAAGCUAAUUGUGCAAAACUAUAAGGAUUCGAGGAUGAGCUCUGAUUACUUACCUACAUCCUCAUGACAGUCAUUCAUUACACUAAAUACCUUUGCAUGCCAUGUGUCAAUACAAUACUUCAUGCCCGUUUACAUAAAAAUGUCAAAACCUUUCGUCUUUACCUAGGUGCCAAACGAUGAUCUAGUAUUGGCGAAAAUCGAUCAUUCACGGUUAAGGUCACCGAUAAUCGAUUGCAUAAUCUCGGAAUCGAUUAUCGCCAUAUGGCACUAUUCUUUGAUAAAAUAAAAAAAAUAAAACAGUUUAAAUCAUUUUGAAUUAACCUAAGAAUCUGCAUUUUAUCAUAUGAAUUGUCUGCUGUUAACAACUACUCAGUAUAAUUUAUUCAUGCCUAUUUUAAUAUUAACUUAGGAUUGGUAUCCGUGCGUAGGGUUUUUCUCAUGUGUCAUUUUGUCGCCUGAUUCAGCAUGAUUAAAACAUAUUAAUUAAGUGUAUUCCCAUUUCUUCUUCGUAUUACGAAGCGCUGCCUUGUAAUUGAGGUCCUCAAACAAUUUUGAUACCUUACCGUCAUGGUGUUGACCACAUAGUUCGCCCUUCCUAUACGUACCAGAGCCAUCAUCGCAUUGAAAUAUUUAGAAUCCGGUUAUGAUAAAAUAUUAGUACAUGUAUACUUGUUAUUACCAAAUAAUGUACGAAUGAAAUAAAAGGAAUGAAUGUUU